AUGGAGAAACACUGUGCUAACUGGACCCUUCUCCUGGUGCUGUGUGGCCUCCUGCCACUGACUACUCAGGCUGGCAGGCAGAUGCCAAAACUCUCGGACAAGAAGCUAUGCGCCGAUUCAGAGUGCAGCCAACCUCCUGGUGCUGUGUGGCCUCCUGCCACUGACUACUCUGAGGCUGGCAGGCAGAUGUCAAAUCUCUCAGACAAGAAGCUAUGCAUUCAAGGGUCAUAUUAUGGAGACCAGGAAGCUCGUCUGGGAUAUUUCCCCAGCAGUGUUGUUGAAGAGACACAUGCGUUAAUGCCUGCUGAGGUUGAGGUUAAGACCGAUAGAUGGGACUUUUACUGCUAUUAGGAUUGUGUGCUGUCUUGGCUGGAACAUAAACGUGAUUCUUGAUUCCACUCUGCACUUUAGUGUG